GUUGAUCCCAACCUAUGACCGUCCGAGUCACCCAAGUACUUACAUACGCUGUUUUUCUCUCGGGAGAGUCAAAUUUGUUGUGUGCAGACCUUAAUAUGCACAUUGCGUGCUGCAUAUGUCACUUGCGCACGAUCAUCUUCCCGUCAUUUGACCAUGUAGUAGGGUGUCGGUGCCAGUGGGGCUAUGAACCUAUACAUACGGUGCUGCUAUUCCGAGUUCAGUGCUGGAAGUGCGCAGUGGUACAGGCACGGGAAAAACCCAUGGGAUUGUGGGAUACGCUCUUUGCUUUGUUUGAGUUAAAUAUCAGGUCGCUGCUGUGAGAAAAUACUAUUCCAUAUACGCCCGCCCAAAGUCAGGCGAUUCCGAGAAGUUCUAAGGACUCGUCUGAAAAUGGGAAGCCUCCUCCAGCUGGCUCUGACUUGUAACAUCCUUACUCAUCCUUAGACAUGAUUGAUCAAUAACGUCAAUGACAUCGACGAGAGAAACUCUGCACCGCAAUAUGUUCCUUCAUGAGCUUGGAAUCACUAGCACUGUCAAAUACACAUGUGAUUCAAACG